AUUUUCUAUCAAUUAACCCUGACUAUGCAUUACCACCAGAAGUCCCAUUGUUGAUGGCAGGAGGAGUUAAGGAAUCUGAAGAAGAAGCAGAACUUGAAGACCUUUGUUUUGAAUUUUUUGGUGAUGAGGGGCCAAUUGAUUUGUCAAAGAAAGAACCACCAGCUAAAGAAAUCAAAGACUCUAAAGACUCUGGUGAACAAUUACAUGACCGGCAAAGUAGACAGCUCAGAGACCUAACUGCACUGAAUGGAUCUCUAAUGUUUAAAAACACUGAUGUUACACGUGAUCCCUCUUUCUCUAAGAAGGCUGCAAUGGAUGAUGAGUACGGGUCUUUGAUGGCUGAGCUAGGAGAGGACCAACUGAAGAGUCAGUAUAGAGAACCACCUCCAAUACCACUUCGACGUAGACCACCUCCUGCACUUCCUCAGGGGGCUCCACCACACCGGGCUCCAGCAAGACCACCACGACCAGCACGUGGGGGUGAGGAAAGAGGAGGUGGGGGAGAAGAUGGAGGGGACCUUAUGAUGUUCUCAGCAAAAGCCCUACCCCCGAGGAAAGCCAGAUAUCAGCAGCAUGAUAAGUCUUCCAUAGGCGAAGAUCUACUGAUGAUGGAGGUCUCUCCACAGCGAGGCAGUCUUCAGCGAGAAAAAUCUAAAUCACCACCACCACCACCACCACCACCAGCGAGGGGAGGUAUAGUGAGGAGCAGAGGAGGUAGGGGAGGGGGAGGAGAUCGACCGUCUCUAUUGCAGUCCAUCACUAAAGGACAAUCUUUAAAGAAAAUCCCACCUCGGCCUGAAAAGCCCACUGUAGAAGGUCACAAGGAUCUUUUGUCUUUCAGCGUCCUUCAAAGUAGAGCUUGUAUUCAGACUGAGGAGGACGAGGAAUCUUGGAGUGACUCGGAUGAGGAAGCUUUUGAAGAGGAAGGAAUUUGUGACAAGCGCGGAAAGAGAGGAGGAGUUAUAGCGCCCGGUGCAAUGGACAUGAAGAAGAGUAGUGGAUACAUCAGGGGAAGACAAGAAAUGAAAGACAAACCUGUUCCUGCACCAGCACAGCCUGUACAUGUACUAUCCUUUUCUAAAGAAUCUGCGCCUUUUGGAAAUCAAUUCGAACAACAAAGUGGGAUAGGCUUUGGGUCAGUUAGAGCCCCGCCUCCACCAUCAGCAAGCAGUUUAUUUGGAAAUACGCAACGUUUUGGGUCUUCUGUUGCCUUUGGGGCACCCGUACCAUCCAUUGUAAACUCUGCAAAUCAAUACGCAUUAGAUUCUGGAAAAAAUGAAACUUCUGGGUUUAGUUUUGGACAACCGUUUGGGGGACCUACACAGCAAAUGACUUUAAACAGUACAUUUGGAGGUCCAGUCACUCAACCCCCAAUGCCCCAACAACAAAUGUUUGGAGGUCCAGUCACUCAACCCCCAAUGCCCCAACAACAAAUGUUUGGAGGUUUCGGAUUUGAAAUGCAACGUAUGGGUGCAGCUCCUUCUGGAGGAUUUCAACCACGACCAUCGAAAAAAACACACGGAAAUGGUGUCCCUCCACCCCCUCCUACAUCCAGUAGAGUGAUUUUGCGGCCAUCAAAACUUGGAGCAAGUUUGGGUCCCCCACCACCCCCUCCACCUGCUAUGGCAACACAACCUGCAGGGGCUCCCCCACCACCCCCUAUGGCAGCACAAUAUCCAGGGAAACCACAAUCACCCCGUCUAACCCCUAUGACACCAACAUCUGCAGGGCCACUACCACCACCCCCUAUACCCUAUAUGGCAGCACCAUCAGCAGAGAAACCACCACCACCCCCUAUGGGAGGACCAUAUGGAGGGAAACCAGAACACCUCCCUAUGGGGGCUCUCCCACCACCCCCACCUGCCCAACAGGUGUCAUGGAGAACUAUGGGCAUGAAAUCAAAUUUAGAAAGAGAAAGCAAAGAACAGAAAAUGGAAGUGACAUUAGAUUCUCCACAAGAAAAACUGUGCCGGACCUUUUUAAAAGCUCCGGAGAGAAAAGAACAGGAAAAAUUAAAACCAAGAUCCUUUAGUUGUAAACUUAAGAAAAAAAAAGCAGACAAAAGAGGAUAGCAGCUUACUCAGUGAAGCUGACAUGUUACUGGAGGAAUCUCCACAAGAAGAGCUGCUGAUGAGGCCUGGUGAUACGUUUUUCUCCAGAAAGCCUAUGGUAAUGGAGGAGUGUCAUUCGCUAUUGCUGUUGGAUGUUACACCACUUUCUAUAGGGGUAGAGGAUGCAGAGGGAAAUUUCUGUGUCAUUGUCGCCAGAAACACCACAAUUCCUUGUCGGAAAGAACAG